CUAACACAUACACAAUACAACAAACACCGAAUACCAAAUCAUCCUACCUUGACCAACCUUAUCCAACCAUGUCCAUCAAGAAUGUUGCUCUGAUAGGCGGCACUGGAACUUUAGGUGCACCUGUACUCAAAGGCUUGAAGGAAUCCUCGUUCAAUGUCAGCGUUCUCAACCGUCAAUCAUCCAAGUCAAAUUAUCCCGACGUCAAUGUCAUUACGGUCCCGGAUGAUCUCGAUGUUUCCAAGGUCACGGAGCUCUUCAAGCAGAAUUCCAUUGAUGCUCUGGUCAUCACAAUCGCAGGAUCCCGCGUCACCGAGCAAAAGAAGUUGAUCGAAGCUGCACUCAAUGCAGGCGUUCAGCGUGUGUUCCCCGCAGACUUUGGAAGCUGUGAUUCUGCCGAUGACAAGACAAACGAAGUCCUCCCUUUGAUGGCGGGGAAGAAGUCUGUUCGCGACUACCUGAUCUCUCUCGAAGGGAAGGGCAAGUUGACAUGGACCAGCUUGAUCACCGCUCAUUUCUUUGAUUGGGGCUUCAGCAACCUGCUCUUGAAGUUCGACGUCAAGGCUCGUAAGGCAUACAUUAUCGAUGGCGGCGAUAUCAAGUUCAGUGGCUCUAAUCUGGACUUCAUUGCGGAGGCUGUGGUUAGAGUUCUGCAGCGGCCCGAGGAGACGGCAAACAAGUUGCUAUACGUACACAGCCACCACGUCACCCAGAACGAGAUACUGAGCGUCUUGGAAAAGGUCACAGGUACGAAGUGGGAGAAGAUCCAUGAGAGCAGUGAGGAACAACUGAGGAAGGCACGACCAAAGAUGUUGGAGGGUGAUCAUGACGCCGGAGAAGAAGUUGUCGCGGUCUGGGGAAUCGUGGCAGCUGAUUGGUCUGACAGAAAGGGAUUCGCGAAUGAUCUUCUGGGUCUUAAAACACUGGAUCUCGAAGAGACUGUUAGAAGGGCCGUAGAAAAGGUGGAUGCUUAG